AUGGCGGGCAUGGUGGGGCCGGACAGCCAGUUCCAGAGGAUGAUGAGAAGGGAGCUAAGGGAAGAGGGCAGAGGUUUCUUCAACUACUUCAGCUGCUGCCUGCCAAUUUUCCCUCGACCUGGUCCCGGCCUGCGUGGCGCAUCAUACACAUCUUGCGGUCCGCGCAAUAUGUACGACGAGCUCGUGGAGGCUGCGCGGACUAAGAAGAAGCCCGCGGAGUUCAGGGUCACCCGAUACAGUGGCAUCGGCGGGCCCGGGUUUGGCUUCAUCGUCCCGAUCCCGCUGUGCCCCUACUUCUUUGAGGCCACGCUUGGUGCGGAGUUGCCGCUUCAGGCUCUCCCAAACCCAGGCGACGGAUGGUCUGGCGAAUUUGCCAGUGCCGCUGCGGCCUUUGCUUUGGCACAGCGCGGGCGGCCGCCGGCCGAGAGGCAAAAGUCAGCUGCUGCAUCUGGGUGGGGCGCAACCUACCUACAGGCGAAGGGGAAGAGUGCUGUCGCUCCGCCGCAGGCCGAGCAGAAGGAGGCGAGCGUGCCGGCGACGAAGCCCCGCGAGGCGGCAGCAGCUGCGGCAGCAGCGCCGGCCGAGGUGCCUCUAGUGGGCGCGUGCCCGUUGGUGUGGAUGUGCCCGCAGCUUGUUCCCUCGACUGCGAGAAUUGAAACACUUGAUGCUGCAAGCCCCUACGCCCUGCAAGAUGUAAACUUCAUGAUGCUUCCUGAGCCCUGGCAACUCAACUCUUCUGCCGUUAAAAGCGCUCUUGGGGGUUGCUCCUUGGGGCAGGCGCCUGUGGCUGAUGCCACCGCCGAGCAGAACGAGCAGCCUCGCGCUGAGGCGGGAUGCCGUGUAGUGAAGUGA